AUGUGGAAGAAGAUUUUCAAAAAGAGGGUCAGUCGUAAAGGCAAAGCCAAAAGUCUGGUCCACAGAGACAGUAUUGAGGGAAAUAAAGAAGAUUCCAGUGUUGAUGAUUUGCAGAGUGCACUAAACAGUGCUGUGCAGAAUGGACAACUUGACCUCAUCCAAGAACUGAUCGGUAGAGGAGCCGAGGUGAAUAAAGUUGAUAAUGACGGUAAGACUACAUUACAGCUAGCUGCACUGAAUGGUCAUCAUCUUGAUGUCAUUAAAUAUCUCAUCAGUCAAGGAGCCGAUGUUAAUAACGGCGGAACUGAGGCUGCUCAGAAUGGUCAUUUUGAUGUCACCAAAUUGCUCAUCAAUCGAAGAGGCGAGGUGAAUAAAGAUGAUAAUGAUGGUUCGACCCCAUUACAGCUAGCUGCUCAGAAUGGUCAUCUUGAUGUCAUCAAAUAUCUCAUCAGUCAAGGAGCUGAAGUGAAUAAGGAUGAUAAUGAGGGUUGGACCCCAUUACAUUUUGCUGCACAUUAUGGUCAUCUUGAUGUCAUUAAAUGUAAUGGUCAUCUUGAUGUCAUCAAAUUGCUCAUCAAUCGAGGAGGCGAGGUGAAUAAAGAUGAUAAUGAUGGUUUUACCCCAUUACAUUUAGCUGCCAAUACUGCUGCAUCUAAUGGACAUCUUGAUGUCACCGAAUUUCUGAUCAGUCAAGGAGCUGAAGUCAAUGAGAGCAGCAAUGAUGGUUCGACCCCAUUACAACUAGCUGCUCAGAAUGGUCAUCUUGAUGUCACCAAAUAUCUGAUCAGUCAAGGAGCUGAAGUGAAUAAAGACGAUAAUGAUGGUUCGACCCCAUUACAACUAGCUGCUCAGAAUGGUCAUCUUGAUGUCAUCAAAUAUCUCAUCAGUCAAGGAGCUGAAGUGAAUAAGGAUGAUAAUGAUGGUAGGACCCCAUUACGACUAGCUGCUCAGAAUGGUCAUCUUGAUGUCACCAAAUAUCUGAUAAGUCAAGGAGCUGAAGUGGAUAAAGAUGAUAGUGAUAGUUCGACGCCAUUACAACUAGGUGCUGCUGGAGGACAUCUUGAUGUUGUCACAGAAUUAAUCAGUCAAGGUGCUGAUGCUGGUAAGGCUAAUGACAAAGGAUGGUCAGCCUUAUACCUUGCCGCAGCUGCUGGUCGUGUUCGUGUUUCAAGUGCCUUGCUUAGUCAGCAAGCUGAGCUGGCCACAUCAAAUAUAAUUCAUUGGACGGAGUUUCAUACCGCUGCAGAGAGGGGCGAUCUUGAUGCCAUGAGAGAUCAAGUCAGUCAAGGAGCCGAGCUGGAUAAAGCCGGUUCUUUUGGUUGGACAGCCUUACACAUUGCAGCAAGUAUUGGCCAUCUUGAUAUGACCAAAUAUUUGCUAAGUCAAGGAGCUGAUGUGAAUUCCAGCAAUGACUUUGGUAACUGUGCCUUGCAUAGUGCCUCACAGAAAGGGAACUUGGAUGUCGUGGAAUAUUUGAUCAGUGAAGGGGCCGAUAUGAAUAAAGGAAAUGACCUUGGAUCGACCACCCUUCAUUUUGCAUCACUUUUUGGCCAUUUAGAUAUCGUCAAAUCCCUUAUCAGUCAUGGAGUGGAGGCAGAUAUUGGCAACGCAUUUGGAACCACUGCUCUCCAUUAUGCUUUAUGUAAUCGUCGGAUCGAGAUUACUAAGUAUCUGCUUAGCCAAGGCUCUGAACUGAAUAAGAGAAGCGUGUUGCACUGUUUCAUCUUACAAUUUGAUGGACAGUAUGGUCACUAUGAUGUGCGAUGUGUGCAGGGUCGUGUAGUUCAAGCAGUUAGCAGACUAAUUGACUCUCUCACUGUCUUUAGAGGUGCUCCAGAAAGUGAUCUUGGUAGAAUCAAAUAUCAAGAUGACGAUGAGGAUAAGACAGUUCAUGGUGGAAUGGUUAUUAUGCAUCAGCCAAGUAUAUUGUCUAAUCUUAACAUUCAAGAUCGGCUUGUAAUUAGUCAAGAAGGCAGAACAGUUACUCGCACAUCGUUACAAUAUGCUGUAAAAGGUGGCAGUUUAGCAGUUGUUCGGUAUCUGAUCAGUCAAGGAGCUGAUGCGAACGAAAGCAACAAUGUUGGCUGGACUGCUCUUCAUUUUGCUGCGCAAAAGGGUCAUCUUGGUAUUGUAGAUUAUCUACUUGGACAAGGAGCUGAAGUAGCCAAAAGAGACGUCGAUGAUAUCUCGCCUUUGCAUGUUGCUGCAUUUGUUGGCCAUGGUGACGUUACCGAGCAUUUGCUUAGGCAAGGAUCAGAGGUCAACGGAGCCACCAAGGAGAAAGGUUCUACAGCCCUACAUGUUGGAGUGCAGAAUGGUCAUCUCGAUAUCGCGAAAGGCUUGCUCAACCACGGAGCCGAAAUUGAUGCGACAGACAAUGACGGUUGGACCCCCUUGCACAUUGCUGCUCAGAAUGGCCACAUCGAUGUCAUGAAGUUUCUACUUCAGCAACAUGCAGAUGUUAGCAAGGUUACCAAGAGGGGAUCAUCUGCAUUGCAUUUGUCUGCCGCAAAUGGACAUGCCGAUGUCACAAGAUAUCUAUUAGAGCACGGAGCUGAAGUGAAUAUGAGUAAACCUGGGAAGACUGCGUUGCAACUCGCAGCAGAACAAGACCAAGUACAUGGGACAAGUCCAGAUACGUGGUGUGCUGAAGGGCAGAAACAUCCUUCUUCCCCGAACGGCCAUGCAGAUACUGAGGGUUUAACAGAAGAUGUGAAGAAGGUUAUUGGGCAACAUGCUACGAAAGGCUGCACAGCAGUUCAUUUAGCCACACAAAAUGGCUACACCUCCAUCAUCGAAACAUUAGUUUCUCAUGGCGCUGAUCUCAACAUCCAGUCCAUCGACGGACAGACUUGUCUUCAUGAAGCCAUCAGACUUUCUGGUCGGAAGUACAGCAAAGUUGAAGCCACACCAGCACUCCAAAAGAUCUCUGAAGAGUUCUAUCAGAAUGAGUUGUCUCCCAAGAAGGCCCUGGUCUUCUAUCUCUUGGACCACGGAGCAAAGCCGGACAUCAAAGAUAACCAUGGUAACCUACCAGUCCACUAUGCCAAGGAUGAAAUCAUUCGCCAGAUGAUAUUCCCAAGGUCUCCUGCCAUGGACAUCAUCAGAGCUUAUCGAGCUGAAGAGUCAGCACCACCAGUGGUCAACGCCGUCUCUGCUCAGGUCGGAUGUGACGGUAAAGAUCUCGAACUGGAACAACAUGGCAUUGCAAUGUCUAUCCCACCUGGAGCCGUCAAACACAAUGAAUCUUGCAAGAUCACCCUAACCAUCGUGGGAGACCUCCCCAGUGUUGACAUCCAAGAUGACACACCAAUGGCAGCCUACGGGAUCAGAUGUGACCCUCCAAACAUGGUCUUCCACCAGCCUGUUAAGAUUAGGAUACCGCAUUCCAUCUUAUUCAUCAACACUGAGGACGUGAUACCAGACAUCGUCUUACAUAUUUGGGAUACAAGAAAGGGUAGGUUUACCAAGAGUUCCGAGGACAAAAUCAUCUGCUGCAUCUGGCAAAGUGCCAUUCUGCAAAGUCCUUAA